CGUUCAAUUUUGGCCUUGCUGAAUUUCCCCUCCGAAAUUUCGACUCCCCCAUCACCAGUCGCCAUUUCAGCAACCAGACCGUCGCAAUGGCCAAGCAAUCUCGUGGUGCCCCCGGUGGCAAGCUCAAGAUGACCCUGGGUCUCCCAGUCGGUGCCAUCAUGAACUGCGCGGACAACUCCGGUGCCCGUAACCUUUACAUCAUCUCCGUCAAGGGUAUCGGUGCUCGUCUCAACCGUCUCCCCGCUGGUGGUGUCGGCGACAUGGUCAUGGCCACCGUCAAGAAGGGCAAGCCUGAGCUCCGCAAGAAGGUCCACCCCGCCGUCAUCGUCCGCCAGUCCAAGCCCUGGAAGCGCUUCGACGGUGUCUUCCUCUACUUCGAGGACAACGCCGGUGUCAUCGUCAACCCCAAGGGUGAGAUGAAGGGUUCCGCCAUUACCGGCCCCGUCGGUAAGGAGGCUGCUGAGCUUUGGCCCCGUAUUGCCUCCAACUCUGGUGUCGUCAUGUAAAUGGGGUUGUCCAGGAACAAAUGGAAUGGAUCUUUUAUGGGCUGCGCGGGUCUUUUUUUCGAGGAACGAACAAUGUCAUCCGGAAUCUCGUCUUCCCCACAGAUGAAAGGAAGAUGCAGAGGAUGAAGGCCUUCACCGGCCCGGCUGGAUUGGCAGGCAUUUGCAUUUCGGUUGCGGCGUGCUCGGGAGUCAUACCACAUGCAUGAUAUACAGGUCAAUUCACACCCAGUUCUUCGAAUCCCCUUGACCGCGCGCGGCUCGGGAUCAUGAUCACAAGGGUGCCUCUGCAAGCCGAUGUCUACGUUUUUCCUUUCAUGCAUAACAAGCAAGGGCGGGAAUCCAUGGUGCCGCUUGCAGGCAAUGGCUCGCGAUGGACUGUGUCGGAUGGCCAUGUACGUUCUUCACUCCAGAUAUCCUGAGAAGUUGAUGGAGGCUUCUCCCCAGGCAAAAGACAUGAAGGCUGCCAUUUCCAAACCA